AUGACGAGAUCGACAUCUCAGUUGUUCCAACAGGUGCGCAUCAGGCCAGAGGCUGGGAGUCAUCAAUUGGUUCAAGAGUGCAACUCCGAAGAAACUGUUCACGUGCAAGAGCAAGAAAAGUUCGAAGACAGCUUACUGCAGAGAUGUCCUGCCUAUCUUUGGCCGGGAAAUUCUUACCAAAAAGCGUGUCCCCGGCCCAUUCUAAUCGAAAAGAAGCACCAAAAACAACUAGAAGACUUGCAUGAGGCAUUGACUAUAUCAAUCACGGAUAUUGUCGAGAGAUGGUGGACCGACCAAGAUGCACGCUUUUCUGAUCGUAUGCCACUAGAACGAAAAGAGGAAAAUCUUCUACGUUGGAUGGAAGCUCAAAUCAUGGAAAACAAACUCCCGAUGUACCGGGAGUGUCGGGGUUCGUGGCGACCAGACUUUCUUGUUGAAGACGUACUCGACAAUAAUGGCAUGGCAGUGGAAAAUUAUCGCAUCACUGAGAUUAAUGCGCGCUUCUCAUUCAAUGGUUUCAUUCUGACAGCUAUCGCAUGUGAAGGCUUGCAAGACAUGGGCAUUGGAAAAAACGGAUUAAGGUGUGCGACAGAUCCAACAAAGAUACUUGAUGGGAUCACCAGUCUAUUCCAGACGGGAGUUCCAUUGCACCUUCUCAAGGGAAAAGAGGCAGGGAUGGAUAUUAAUAUGCUCCUUCAUGUUGUUCAACAGCGUUUCGGCUUCAAACCCAGGAUCAUCACUCCGGCACAGCUCAGACUUUUUCCUCUCGCUCAUGGCAGUGGAUACAAACUUUGCUGUCUGGUGGGAAAGAAUGAAAAGUCUUCACCUUUGGCUUGGCGGACCGAUGUAGGCGAAGUCGUGGAAGAAAUUUACCAAGUCGGCCUUGAGUUACAUCAAUCAGAGCUACUACUCCUAGAGCCCGAGAUGUUGCGUCAAAUCAGUCUCCGUUGUUUCAAUGAUUUCAGAUCAAUCUUUCUGACACAUGACAAGCGAAUGCUCGGUAUAUUGAAGCAAGAGUUGACUUCGCUGGUUUCGCGGUGCGUAAUCACUCGUACACAAGCACAGAUUUUAGAUCAAGGAAUCGCGGAUACAUACCUUCCUGGAUCAAAGGAAUUGGAAAGACUCUUUUGCCUUGCACAGCAGUUUCCCGCUUUGCGAAAUGAGUUUAUUUUGAAGCCCAUUCGUAGUGGCAAAGGAGCAGGAAUUGUGUUCGGUGAUGAGUUUACAGCUGAAGACUGGAUCUCCGCCUUACAGCUUCAACGGAGUGCUCAAAUAAUUUCAGGAGUUACCUGUGUAGUGCAGCGCCGCAUCACUCCCAGACUCUACAGUCUUGUUCUGAACUCUUCCGGUGUUCGUGUUCAAUAUCCCCUCAUCGGAACAUUUUUUGUCGUACACGGGAGAUUGCUUGGCCUUGGCGGAUGGCGUAGUAGUCCUGACAAGAUCUGUGCAGUCAGUCAUGGAGGAGCCUGGGUUUGCUCAGUCAUUUCUCGGAAUGAAAUGUAG